AUGGCUUCAAAACACGAUCCGAGUAAUUACACAAUGAGCGAGCCAGAGGCCGAGACAACAGCAACAAUUCCCUCUCAUCGAGCCAUUGGCGAACCUUUGCCGGAAUGGUCCUCGGCAAUUCGUUCGUGGGGAUCUACAUGGCUUGUCUAUCAAUACGGUUUCGGUGCGGCAUUUGGGAUCCUUGCGCUUUUGACUCUAAUAUUUCUCCUGAGGAGUCUGAAAAUCAACAGAGCCACAAGACCGAAGAAAGCAGCCCUUCAUGUUCUUGUACUGCUGUUUUUGUUCGGUUUAUCUCGAUCUUUAUUCUUGAGCGUCGACGCUUACAGUACAAAAAUGAUAUUUCCCCAAACGCUUUCACACAUUUUGUGGAGUCUGGGCAACCCUUGUAUUGUCACCGCAUACGUACUUGUUUUCUUAGUACUGAAGAAUAUAUUCUUCAUGAAAGAAAGAUUUAAAAAAUGGUACACCACAAGGAACAUUGCUUUCGUCACAAUCCCUUACUUCACCCUUGUUUUUGUCACCGAAUUGGUCGUCCAUUACAUUCCAAAUUUUAUUGGUUUGACUUUCACCUGUCAGAUGGCAUUUGUAGUUUUAAGCUUCAUCGCGACAACAUUUUAUUCAAUCAUUGCUUUUAUGCUUUGGAAAAACCUCAAAGGGAAACAAAGCUGCAAAGGAAAAGAGAGAAGACAUCAGCUCGCCUGGGUUGACAAAAACAAAGCACAUGGUCAACGUACGCUGAGUUUGUUAAAACUUUGCCUCGCUACAGUUUUGGGAGGAUUUUCUCUUAGUGCGCUUCAAAUUUACUCCAUGAGUGGUGUCUAUGGGGUUUUUUCAAAAGCUAGCUACGUUGAAGCUUGGCCGUGGUUGAUUUUCAACUAUGCUAUGAGAGCUCUGGAGUGGUACCUUGCAUUUUUGCUAUAUUUUGCGACCACGAGAGGAAGUCGAAAUACCGGAGGACAACGCACGUCUUUUUCUAUCACUUUGGACAUCCACAACCUGAAACCAAUCCCUGGCAGUCGAAAACCUAGCCGAAAGCUUUCUUUG